UUGGCUUUGCUGCUGCCCUGUGGGUGAAGAAUCCCUUCUUUCUGCCGGCAGAUGUUGAGGUGCAGGAGGCAACAAAAGUCUUCAGCAGCAGCCGUCGUUCCAAGGGAGGAGGCAUUACCCUGGCCGAAGGCACAGCUUUCUCUCCAUGCUUCUCUAGAGGUGCUCAGAUGGGAUUAAAGUCCACAUGGAGAUAUGGAAAUGGACCAGGAAUUUACUCUAAAAAGAUGGUCAGCUGGGAUUCGGGUUGCCUUAUCUGCCUGGUGGUGGUCACCAUGGCUGGACUUUCCCUGGCUCGACCUUCAUUUAAUUUAGUUGUUGAAGACACCACGGUGGAACCCGAAGAGCCGCCAACCAAAUACCAAAUCUCUCAGCCAGAUGUUUACUCAGCACUUCCAGGAGAGACGCUUGAGUUGCGCUGUCAAUUGCGAGACGCCGUCAUGAUCAGUUGGACUAAGGAUGGGCUCCCUUUGGGGCCCGACAAUAGGACAGUGAUUAUUGGGGAGUACUUACAAAUUAAGGAUGCCACAGCCAGAGAUUCGGGCCUCUAUGCUUGCACUGCUGUUAGGACCCUAGACAGUGAUACUCUGUACUUCAUUGUAAAUGUUACAGAUGCUCUUUCCUCUGGGGAUGAUGAAGAUGACAAUGAUGGGUCCGAGGACUUUGUGAAUGACAGCAACCAGAUGAGGGCGCCCUACUGGACACACACGGACAAGAUGGAGAAGAGGCUCCACGCCGUGCCGGCCGCCAACACCGUCAAGUUCCGCUGCCCUGCCAUGGGCAACCCGACGCCCACCAUGCGCUGGCUGAAGAAUGGGAAGGAGUUCAAGCAGGAGCAUCGCAUUGGCGGCUACAAGGUCCGUAACCAGCACUGGAGCCUCAUCAUGGAGAGCGUGGUGCCGUCGGACAAAGGGAACUACACGUGCAUAGUGGAGAACCAGUACGGCUCCAUCAACCACACCUACCACCUGGACGUGGUUGAGCGCUCCCCGCACCGGCCCAUCCUGCAGGCGGGGCUCCCCGCCAACGCCUCCGCCGUGGUCGGCGGGGAUGUGGAGUUUGUCUGCAAGGUCUACAGCGAUGCCCAGCCCCACAUCCAGUGGAUAAAGCACGUGGAGAAGAACGGCAGUAAAUACGGGCCAGAUGGGCUCCCUUAUCUCCAGGUUUUAAAGGCUGCCGGUGUUAACACCACGGACAAAGAGAUUGAGGUUCUCUAUAUACGGAAUGUAACUUUUGAGGAUGCUGGGGAGUAUACAUGCUUGGCGGGUAAUUCUAUUGGGAUAUCCUUUCACACUGCAUGGUUGACAGUUCUGCCAGCUCCUGAGAAAGAAAAGGAAUACCCAACCUCUCCAGACUACCUGGAAAUAGCAAUUUACUGCAUAGGGGUGUUCCUGAUAGCCUGCAUGGUGCUGACAGUGAUCAUGUGCCGCAUGAAGAACACCACCAAGAAGCCCGACUUCAGCAGCCAGCCCGCCGUGCACAAGCUCACAAAGAGAAUCCCCCUGCGCAGACAGGUGUCGGCCGACUCGAGCUCCUCCAUGAACUCCAACACGCCCCUGGUGAGGAUCACCACCCGCCUCUCCUCCACUGCUGAUGCCCCCAUGCUGGCUGGAGUCUCGGAGUAUGAGCUGCCAGAAGACCCAAAGUGGGAGUUCCCGAGGGAUAAGCUGACGCUGGGCAAGCCCUUGGGAGAAGGUUGCUUUGGCCAAGUGGUCAUGGCCGAGGCGGUGGGGAUUGACAAAGACAGGCCAAAAGAAGCAGUGACCGUGGCAGUGAAGAUGUUGAAAGAUGAUGCCACAGAAAAAGACCUGUCUGACCUGGUGUCAGAGAUGGAGAUGAUGAAAAUGAUUGGGAAGCAUAAAAAUAUCAUCAAUCUUCUUGGAGCCUGUACCCAGGAUGGUCCUCUGUACGUGAUAGUGGAAUAUGCCUCCAAGGGGAACCUGCGGGAGUACCUGCGAGCGCGCCGCCCGCCCGGCAUGGAGUACUCCUUCGACAUCAACAGGGUGCCCGAGGAGCAGAUGACAUUCAAGGACCUGGUGUCCUGCACCUACCAGCUGGCACGAGGCAUGGAGUACCUGGCUUCCCAAAAAUGCAUCCAUCGAGACUUGGCCGCAAGAAAUGUUUUGGUAACGGAAAACAAUGUCAUGAAAAUUGCAGACUUUGGUUUAGCCAGAGACAUCAACAAUAUAGAUUAUUAUAAAAAGACUACUAAUGGACGGCUUCCAGUAAAGUGGAUGGCUCCAGAAGCUCUGUUUGACAGAGUUUACACACAUCAAAGUGAUGUUUGGUCAUUUGGUGUGUUAAUGUGGGAGAUCUUCACCUUAGGAGGGUCACCCUACCCAGGAAUCCCCGUGGAGGAACUUUUUAAGCUGCUUAAAGAGGGGCACCGGAUGGACAAACCUGCCAACUGCACCAACGAGCUCUAUAUGAUGAUGAGAGAUUGCUGGCAUGCUGUGCCUUCUCACAGACCCACUUUCAAACAGUUGGUGGAGGACUUGGAUCGGAUCCUCACUCUCACAACUAAUGAGGAGUAUCUGGACCUCAGUGGGCCUCUGGAACAGUAUUCCCCCAGCUACCCCGACACGAGGAGCUCGUGUUCCUCGGGGGACGACUCGGUGUUCUCGCCCGACCCGAUGCCUUACGAACCUUGUCUCCCCAAGUACCAGCACAUGAACGGGAGCGUGAAAACAUGAAAGGAGGAGCAAAGAGGCGAGGACAUCAAAGCUACCUACCGUGUGCAAAGCUAAAGCUUUCCUCCAGGACCUUCACGUUUCUGCUUGUACAUAGGAAAUGCAGCAGAAAAAAAAAAAAAAGAGAGAGAGAGAAGAAAAAAGGAAAAAAAAAAAUAAUUUGGAGGAAAGCGGUCGGAACCUACAUAAAGAUUCUCAUCACUUGCGGCUUUCAGAUGUUCCCAAGAAAGAAGAAUGUUUAUGAGCUGUGUCGAGAUACCCAUUGCUAUCAAUUUUCUGGCUUCCUGUGAGCUGCAACAGACUUUGUUUGUACAAUGGACCAGUCGGACUUGAGGCAAACUGUGGGUCUGCCUUUCUUGUUUAUUUUGUAAUAUUUGGAGAAAAUAUAUGUUGGCACACACUUACAGAGCACAAAUGCAGUAUAUAGGUGCUGGAUGUAUGUAAAUAUAUUCAAAAAUAUGUAUAAAUAUAUAUUAUAUAUAUUUACAAUGAAUUAUUUUUUGUAUUGAUUUAAAAAAUGGAUGUCCCAAUCCACUUAGCAAAUUAGUCUCUUUUUUAACAGCUAUUUGCUAAAUGCUGUUCUUACACAGAAUUUCUUAAUUUUCACCAUCCAAAGGUGGAAAAUACUUUGCUUUCAGGGAAAAUGGUAUAUCAUUAAUUUAUUAACUAAUUGGUAAUGUACAAAACAGUUAAUCGUUUAUAGGGUUGUUGUGUUUUUGUAAUUUAAAUGGCAUUUCUAUGCAGGCAGCACAGAGGACUAGUAGAUAUAUUGCUCAGACUUUACUAGUUUUCAGAUCUUUAAGAAAAGAAAUAUUUACAGUAUAUAACUAAUUUGGGGAAAUUAAACUUUUGAUUUAUUUGUGUUUAAAAACUGCAAUGUCAGAUGAUUAUUCUUAUCACAACCAAAUCCUUUAACAAGAAAGUAUUUUUCCUUUAAGGUCCAAAAAGCAGAGUCGUUCCACUCCCCCCCCAAAAAAAAGAAAGAAAAUAAAGGACAUUUUGAAGAAGGUUCUUAAAGUUAGGAGAGACAUGAAUUGAUCUAUAACCACAGCAGAACAGACUGCUCUAAAAGGAGCUGAGCUUCUACCCUGAGUUGCACAUGCAUCAAAUUAUCCACAAUUCUCUUGCCUCUGUUGCAUAAUAGGUUCCAGACCUUUUGGCCUGGAUCUUUUGCCUUUAUCCCUCUAUUGUAACUUAAGUUAAAAAGAGAGAAGUUGUUUAUAAUGACAGCUUGCCAUAGGAAUAUCAGCAUCUUUUUAGGGGAUUAAUUCAUGCUGACUCCAGUAUUUCCUUCUGAACCAUUCCAUAACAGUAGGUGUAGCACUGGCCUCUGCUAGAAUAUCACUGUUGUUUGCAUCUUUUUUACAGAAUCUUGUAUUUUUACUUUCAGAACAUUCACUUUGAUAUGGCCAUGGAAUAUGAAUGCAAAUUUCACUGUUUAAUGUGGUGGUGUGUUUGUUUUGGUUUUGGUUUUUUUUUAAAUAAUUUUUAAUUGGGUAAAAUAAGUAUUAAAAUCUGUUAACUUUUGUACUGACAAUAAAAUGUUUCUACAGAUAUUAAUGUUAAAAUUACAAAAUAAAUGUCAUGCAGCUUAUUUUUCCUAA